CCCUCCUCCACCGCGCGCUCUCGCUUGCUUUACCCCACCACUCACAUCGCUCACCCCACCGCUUCGUAUCGCUACACGACCCACCUCAACGCCGACUUCCGCUGCGGACGAACGAACUGGAUCACACAACAUACGCGCGACGCACUAGCACACGAACUUUGCAAGACAUGGACACGCCACUGACGCUCGACCGACUGCCCGCGGAGAUCCUCCUGGAAGUCGCGAGCUAUCUCAGCUCAGGCUCCGACGUCCUGCAGCUCAGCCUAGUCUCCUCAGCCACCUACGCGAAAGUCGUCCCCGCGCUCUACGCCGACGUCGAGCUGCGCGGCGCCGAGCAGUGCGAGCGCACGCUCGCCAUGCUCGUGCGCUGCCCCGCCGUCGCCCGACACAUCCGGCGGCUCGCCGUCUUCCCGGAGGACGACCCUGCGCGUCUGCGCGGCCGCAUGCGGGCCUGGGACAGCGCGGGGGUCGUCUCGCGCGCGGUGAUGAAGGUCGCGCGCCACCUGGACGCGCUCGCGCGCUUUGAGUGGGACGGGGAGGACAUGUUGCCUGACGACCGCAUGUGGUCUGAGCUUCGCGGGAGAUGUCCGCGGCUUCGGCAUGUUGGGACCACAUUCGGGUGCUUCCUGCCUCGUCCAACGAGCUCGCUGCUGCAAUUUUCCGAUUUGAGCGGAUUUUCGCUCACGCUCAAAGACGGCUUCUAUGCGCACUCACUACAUUUGCCGUCCAGAGAGAGCGAGCCCGUCUUCAGACGUCUCUGGGACAUGCUCACUCUCCGCUGUCCGGACCUUGAGUCUCUCAGAAUCAUAGGGAAUACGUCUGAACCUUCCGAUGCCGCCCGGCUGUACACCGCAACUUGGCCGAAGCUCCGACAUCUGGCAUUCGGCGCAGCCGUUUGUAAUACGACCACGCCAGGGCAUGCGAAUCGGGACUUUGUAGAUUUUCUCGAGCGCCACCCGGCACUCGAGAGUCUACACCUGCUUGGCCGUCCUAGCUCUAACCAGGUGGACCUAUCCGCGCUAUCUCCCGAUGCAUUGCCCAACCUCAAAGAAUUCAGCGGUACCUUCAAUCUGCUGCGCAUGCUCGUCGACCGGUCCCACCAAUCAGACCCAGCUGCCCCACCAAAUUUCGCACAGGCUCCGGCAGCAAUACCCAAUCCCAACCAGGACCAGUCGGCCGUUGCUCACAAUCCGCUCUCCAAGACGCUGCAGCGGCUAUGCUUCCCGCACGCGAUGCACCUCCGCGACUUGACGCCGCUCGUCAUCUCCCGCGUUCUGCAAGGCCUGCACGCCCUCACGUCGAUGAAGGUGACGUUCGCCAUUCAGGGCGGGUACGACAGCAACGGGAUAUUCCGCACCAUCGUUGCGUCGUGCCCACACCUCCUCGACCUAGACAUCACGUGCACCAACCGGCCGUCGUUCUUCCUGGAUGCGUUCGCAAACUCGCUCCGCGGGCUCCCCCGCCUCCGCACCCUGUCGCUCUCCCUCGUCCGCAUGGCCGGCGAAGAACCCAUGCACGUAGGCGCCUCCCGCAUCGCGCUCGCGAACCCGCGCCUCAAGUCCUUCUCCAUCGCCUUCAUCCCCGCGCACGGCGCUCCUAGCAACAACAUCAACAACGCCCCCGCCGCCCUCUCCAGCGUGUACGCAGACCAGCCCCCCGCGCCGCUCGAGCAGGGCACGUUCGAGCUCACGUCGGACGUGCACGGCAUCCCCGUCUGCCUCGCGGUCCACCAGCGCUGCGCCGCGCUCUGGCCAUGGCAGCGGCACGCAGGGGCGGGCACGAACUUCGGCGCGGGAGUCGGCGCGGGCGUCGCGGAGCCGCGCAUGUGCGUGAGGAGGUGGGUGUGCGACCUGCGGCCGAGCGGGCACCCGGACGUGGCGCAGAAGGGCGUAGGGGAGCUGUUGGUGGAGCGGAGCCCCGCGGGGGAGGAGGCGCGGCUGAUGGUGUUCUGCCUGUGCUUGCUGUUGCUUACCGUCUGGGCGCUGACGAACAAGGCGGCGCGGUAG